AUGACAGACGAGAUCAACAAAAUCGUCAACAAACUGGUCGAGGACGCCACGAAGAAGACCGAAGAAAAAUUCCACAAUCAAAUAAAGCAACUCAAAUACGACCACUCUCUAGAGAGACUUCGAGACGCGCGUCAAUACGAAACACUUCAGAAGAACUAUGUGGAAAUGAAUAAUUCCUAUGAACGUCUCAAGAAAGAGACUAAUAUUAUCUCCGACCAUGCGGCGUCACUAGAAGCACAACUUCAAGCCUUCAAGAAAGAAACUGCCACUGAAGCUACUCAAACGAGCUUCGAAGAUAUCAUGGACUCGUACAUAGAACAGUCGAAAGAACAGCGAAAGAAGGCAAGACUUAUGGACGAGGAGAACGCCCAGUUGAAGGCGGAGUUAAAGCGAGCAUCGCAGAAACGACGAGUCCGAAUUCCAAAAUAA